AUGGCGACUGUUUUAGAUUUGGUUAAACAUUACCAACACGCCAUAGAAAAGUAUCCUAAAGAUGAACAGAAAAUUUUGAAAUGCAUUGACAAGCUAUUUCAUUUGAAUGUGACAGUCCAACACCUUCAGGAGACAGGUGUAGGACGAACAGUAAAUGCAUUACGCAAAGAGCCCGGGGAUGUUGGUCAAGCUUCCCGUGCCCUUGUUUAUAAAUGGAAGGUGAUGGUAGCAGCCGAAGAAAGUGAUCAGGAAGGUGACCACAGGAAUGAUACUACAAACUACAGUGGUCAUAUAAACAGAGAAGACAGUGAAGAUAAUGCAAGUAAGCCUAAUAAAAGCAUGCAUGACCAAUAUGAGAAAUCGGCAAAAUCUAACAAGUCAUCAAAAGAUGACCACAAACAAGAACAUACAAAUGGUGAUUACAGUGGAACCAAAAGAAAAUAUCAAAGCAGCGAGGAAGAGGAACCUGACACUAAAAAAUCCAAACACUCUAGCUGUAGUGAUGAUAGAUACAAGAGAAAACAAAUUAAACAUGAACCUGCAACUAGUGGAAGUGACACACAAGACACAGAGAUGUCUCAAACAGAAGACAGUGAAUCAGAUGUAACACAAAGAUCAGAAGGAAACGAAAAACACAAAUAUAAAGUAAAGGAAGAAAAAAAAGAAUAUGAUAAAAGCUCAACUUCUAAGCGAUUUUCAGAAAAUAGUCAUAGAAGUGAUUCUGCUUCUGAAAAAUCACAUAGUUCUUCUGACAAACAUUCAAAGCACAAGUCAGAAUCAAGGAAAUCCGAAAAAACUUCAGCCGACAAAUUAAGUAGCACAAAAAAGCGAUCAAGAUCAAAAGACAAAGAAAGCAGCAGUUCUAAUAAAAAGGAGAAAUCAAGUCAUAAAUCGGUUGAGAAAGAAAAGAAAAAAGACGAAUCAUCAAGUAAACAUAACAGCAAUUCAAAAAAGGAUCAUUCAAGUAACACAGAUAAACAUAAAAUCCAAUCAGAAAAACAUUCUGACUCAUCUAAUAAGCACAGUAGUUCGAAUCAAAAAAUUGAAAAGAAAAAACACAAAAGCUCUUCAGAUAAUGACCCAUCAAAUGAUAAGCAUAAGUCGAAAGAGCAAAGUAGUAGUAGUAAACACAGUUCUUCAAGUAAGGAAAGGUCAAGGGACAAAGAUACUUCUACAUCUAAAGACACAGACCAUAGCGACAAAGCUAAUAAAAAAGGUUCUUCUGAUAGCAGUUCAAAAAGUAAAAAGAAAGAUAAACAUACGAAAGACAAGAAGGAUGUAAAGGACAGUGAAAGAGUAGAUGAUAAGAAAAAGAAACAUUCAAGUUCUUUGUCUAAAUCUAGUAAAUCCAGUUCCAGCAAAGUAAAAGAAGAUGUAUCAAAGAAAAAACAUAUUAGUAAUAGUGAGGACAGUGAAGAUGGAAUUGAUUGUGAAUCAGGUGCUAGUUUUGCUGAAGCACUAGGAAUGAUUAGUCCUACUAAACCAAAAAAGAAAUCUGCUACAACGAAAGAUGUUCACUCACCUAAUACAUUUACUGAUCUUAGCCCAGCAUCACUACUAGCUCCAACUGCGAAACUCGCGCCCUUACCGCCUUUAGAAAUCUCCGCUUUACCAGAAAUCUCACCUAACUACAGGCCACUGCCCCCACCAAAACUACUGCCGCAUUUUACAGACGAGGAUGCCAUGAAUCAUGUUAUAUCGUCUAAAAACCAAAGAACAAAGGUUUACUCCGGUAAUAAAGUUCUCGGGAAAAUACCAACCUUAUACGAAAUGUGCGUUCAUAUUCUUCAAGAACACAUCGAUGCUCUAGAAUAUACUGGCGGCGUGCCAUACGAAAUAUUAAAGCCAGUCGUCGAUAAAGCAACACCUCAACAACUUUUUAUGCUUGAACACUAUAACCCGUACUUAAUGGAGGACACAGAUCAUUUGUGGCAGAAAUUCUGUGAGAAACACUUCCGUAAUAAGCAAAGGCAAGAACUGGAGACAUGGAGAGAAAUGUACAUGAGAUGUCAAGAAGAGCAGGAAUACAGGUUGAGAUCCCUUACAGAAAAUAUAAAGAUUGCUCAGGAGGCAAAGAAAGCUCCUAUUAAACAAACUAAAAUGGCGUAUGUUGACACCAUAGUGAAGCCACCGCGAAACAUAGCGAGAAAGCAAGCACUACAUGGGACCGCACACGCUUCAUCAGCUAGUCCUGCUGCGCGGGUAGCUUCGCUAGCCUCAGCGCCCAAUGUCCUUCGUGGGGGAUCCGUUCGUCCCCCACCGGCGGCUCCAGUUUCUACCUCCACUUUUAGCAAGCCGAAAAAGGCACCGCUCAUGCAGAAAGCACUCCAGUUCAUGCGAGGGCGAAAGCGAUGA